AAGUUUGACAUUUAAAAACCGCUCAUCCUAAAAUUGAUAAAAAACAACCAUAAAUUUUCCACCGAUUCCAAACGAUUUAGGAUUGGCAUUGAACAUAACCGACGUUAUUGAUGUAGCUCAACAACACCGCAUUGCAUUUUUCAGCCUUUUCGGAAACACUUCGUGCCGUUGACCUUGAUUUUUGAUCAAUUUCCUGACCUCAGUAGUUUUCUAUGUUCCCUCGAAUGUUGUCGGUGUCGUCGGCGAGUGCGUAACAUUUACUUGAAUUACUAGUUCGUUCGUGUACGCACCACAUAAUAACAUCUUCAAUUUACGAUUGAACGUCUCCACUAAAAUGGCACAGGUCGAAGUGUUCAGCACGUCGAACAAACGGUUGGGCGAAAUUUCCGUUAGUGAGUCCACGACAGUACGGGAACUGAAAAAGAAAAUCGCCUCCAUAUCCAAACUGUCAGUCCCAAGACAGUCUUUGAGAUCCGAAAUUAAGGGCAAAGACCUAAAAGAUGACUUAACUGUAGCCAGUUUGGAUUUGAAAAACACAAAAAAGAUAUUUGUUAAGGACUUGGGUCCACAAAUUGGUUGGGAUACAGUUUUCUUAUUGGAAUAUGCCGGACCUUUAGUCCUGUACGCCUUCGUAGCCUACAGGCCCUGGUUUUUCUAUGGCUCACAACAGCCCUCAGAAGGACUAUCCACAGCAGCCACGAUUGCUUUGGGAUGUUGGACAGUGCACUAUGGCAAAAGGCUUCUAGAAACUAUAUUUGUGCACCGCUUCUCCCAUGGAACCAUGCCCCUAAGGAACCUGUUCAAGAAUUGCACUUAUUACUGGGGCUUCGCCCUUUAUGUGGCCUAUCACGUCAACCACCCUCUGUUCACCCCACCACCUGUUAUUUUCCAACUUCUUGGACUCGGCAUAUUUGCUGUCUCUGAACUGGGCAAUUUGAGCAUCCACUUGUUGCUUAGAGACCUCAGACCACCAGGCACAACAGUACGUAAGAUUCCAAUGCCCAACAGCAACCCACUGACAAGCCUGUUCAAUUUUGUCUCGUGCCCCAAUUACACUUACGAAUUUGGUGCCUGGCUUGGCUUCACACUUCUCACCUCUUGUUUGCCUGCUGCAAUGUUUGGCUUGGCUGGAUUGUUCCAAAUGUCGGUUUGGGCCUUGGGCAAGCACAGGAAUUACAAGAAGGAGUUCCCCGAAUAUCCGAAGGGGAGGAAAGCCAUCCUGCCAUUUGUUUUGUAAAACUUGUUUAGGCGAACAUAUUUAUUUGUUUAUAAUUUGUGUCAUUUUUAACAGGGACUGAUUUGUUGUACAAUUUUUUACUGGUGAUUUGUUGAUAAUAAACGUAGGCAAAAACUG